AUGGCCAUCGGCAAAGGUUUCAAGCUCUUUCAUACCCUUUUCCUAGUGAUUUCUUGGCACAUUGCUCAAACCCCGCCGGAGGCUGCAUCGGAUGGAAGCAGCAUUGAUCAAACCCCGCCGGAGGCUGCAUCGAAUGGCGGCGGCAUUGCCCUAACCCCGGAGGCUGCAUCGACCCCGGAGGCUGCACCGAAUGGCGGCGGCAUUGCCCUAACCCCAGAGGCUGCACCGAAUGGCGGCGGCAUUGCCCUAACCCCGGAGGCUGCACCGAAUGGCGGCGGCAUUGCCCUAACCCCGGAGGCUGCACCGAAUGGCGGCGGCAUUGCCCUAACCCCGGAGGCUGCACCGAAUGGCGGCAGCAUUGCCCUAACCCCGGAGGCUGCACCGAAUGGCGGCAGCAUUGCCCUAACCCCGGAGGCUGCACCAGAGGCUGCACCGCUUGGCGGCAGCAUUGCCCUAACCCCGGAGGCUGCACCAGAGGCUGCACCGCUUGGCGGCAGCAUUGCCCUAACCCCGGAGGCUGCACCAGAGGCUGCUGCACCGCUUGGCGGCAGCAUUGCCCUAACCCCGGAGGCUGCACCAGAGGCUGCUGCACCGCUUGGCGGCAGCAUUGCCCUAACCCCGGAGGCUGCACCAGAGGCUGCUGCACCGCUUGGCGGCAGCAUUGCCCUAACCCCGGAGGCUGCACCAGAGGCUGCUGCACCGCUUGGCGGCAGCAUUGCCCUAACCCCGGAGGCUGCACCAGAGGCUGCACCGCUUGGCGGCAGCAUUGCCUUAACCCCGACCAUUACACCAAUUGGAAGUAGCGUUACUCAAAUCCCGACCAUUGCACCAACUAGCACACAAACUUGA